AUGCGCAUCAGGGAACAGACAAUCCUAGCGUUGCUUUCCCCAGGGCUGCCUCCAGUGACCGGUCAGCAUGUCCUGGAUCUGAGUGAACCUGGUUGGACAGUCAGCAGCAAAGCCUUGAACCGAACCGUACCUGGUCGUCUUCCUUCCCAGGUACAUUUGGAUUUAUUCGAGGCUGGCGUUAUUGCUACCAUGGGCUCAAUGAUUUUGACCUUCGCUGGAUUGCGGAUGCCAACUGGACGUACACCAGCGACCCUAUUACUGGGCUGUGAACUGACUGAUCACGAGUCUACCUGGCUUGUUUUUGAUGGUCUCGACACUUUUACAACCAUCACAUUUUGUGAUCAGAUAAUCGGCUCAACUUAUAACCAGUUUCGGCAGUACCAUUUUGACGUGUCCCAGGUUCUCAAAGAGUGUAAACAAGAAGGACCAGUCCUAAGUAUCAAUUUCGGGAGUGCCCCCAACAUUGCAAAUGCGAUAGCAAAUGGCCCGAGCGCAGAAGAGUGGCCCGCCGGUGUACAGAUCACUAACGAAUACCCCAACCGAUGGUAUAUCCGCAAAGAGCAGUCGGACUUUGGGUGGGACUGGGGCCCUGCUUUUGCCCCGGCUGGACCUUGGAAACCAGCGUAUAUUGUGCAGAAUAAAAAUCCCGAUCGCCUCUAUGUCUUGAAUACUGAUUUGGACAUCUACCGGAGAGGCCAGAUCAAUCACCUACCGCCAGAUCAGAGCCAGUCUUGGGUUGUUAAUGCGAGUAUCGAUGUUUUAGGAUCUGUGCCCCAGUGGCCAUCUAUGUCGGUAGAGAUCAAGGACGCAUAUUCCGGAGUUGUCCUUUCUUCCGGAUUACUCGAGAAUGUAACGGUGUCCGGAAACUCAGUGACAGGUGUGACAGUCGUCGAUGGACGUACCCCAAAAUUAUGGUGGCCAAACGGCAUGGGCGAUCAAAGCCUGUACAAUGUGACCAUAGCAGUACACAACCAUCGGAAUCAAGUCGUGGCUGAAGUCAUGAAGAGGACUGGCUUCCGAACCAUUUUUCUCAACCAGAGGAACAUCACUGAGGAGCAGCUCGCACAAGGGGUUGCCCCUGGGGCAAACUGGCACUUCGAGAUUAACGGUCGUGAGUUCUACGCCAAAGGAUCUAACAUCAUACCACCGGAUGCCUUUUGGCCUCGAGUGACGCCAAGUCGGAUGGAAAGGCUCUUCGAUGCAGUCACGGCAGGAAACCAGAACAUGCUCCGCGUCUGGGCUUCUGGGGCUUACCUCCAUGACUUCAUCUACGAUCUGGCUGACGAAAAGGGCAUCUUGCUCUGGAGUGAGUUUCAGUUCAGCGACGCCUUGUAUCCUGUCGAUGAUGCAUUCCUGGAGAAUGUAGCUGCUGAAGUGGUUUAUAAUGUCCGGCGUGUAAACCACCACCCAUCACUUGCUCUUUGGGCAGGGGGCAAUGAAAUUGAGAGCUUGAUGCUCCCCAUGGUCAGAAGAGCAGACCACAAGGGAUAUGCCAAGUACGUCGGGGAGUAUGAGAAGCUGUAUAUCAGCCUUAUAUUGCCUCUCGUGUAUGAGAACACACGGUCGAUCACAUACAGCCCCAGCAGUACGACAGAGGGCUAUCUGCACGUUAAUUUGUCAGCACCUGUCCCCAUGACGGAGCGAUAUUCAAACACCACUCCAGGGUCAUACUAUGGCGACACGGACUACUAUAACUAUGACACGAGUGUCUCCUUCAACUACCAUAAGUACCCCGUGGGUCGUUUUGCGAACGAGUUUGGCUUCCACAGCAUGCCCAGCCUGCAGACCUGGCAGCAAGCUGUGGACCCCAAAGACCUUUAUUUCAACAGCAGUGUGGUGGUGCUUCGGAACCAUCACUACACCGCGGGCGGUUUGUUUACUGACAACUACCAAAACUCGUCUCGAGGUAUGGGCGAGAUGACUAUGGGGGUAGAAAGCUACUAUCCCAUACCGAGCAAGUCCGAUCCCGUCGCCAAUUUCAGUGCCUGGUGCCACGCAACCCAGCUCUUCCAAGCAGACAUGUACAAAGCUCAGAUUCAAUUCUACCGCCGAGGAAGCGGAAUGCCAGAGCGCCAGCUGGGAUCUCUUUACUGGCAGUUGGAGGAUACCUGGCAGGCGCCAACUUGGGCAGGAAUCGAGUAUGAUGGUCGAUGGAAGAUGCUGCACUAUGUUGCAAGAGACAUUUACGAGCCCAUCAUCGUGUCCCCGUUCUGGAACUACACGACCGGUGAUCUGGAAGUCUAUGUGACCUCGGAUUUAUGGGAGCCUGCGCAGGGCACCGUGAAUCUUACCUGGGUCGAUCUUUCUGGUAAAUCUAUUGCUGGCAAUGCUGGCACGCCUGAGUCAAUUCCAUUCAGUGUCGGUGCUCUGAACGCGACCGACGUCUAUUCUGCAAACGUGGCCGAUCUAUCUCCACCAGAUCUGACUGACUCGAUCCUCAUCUUGUCUCUCGCUGGGGAGGGAUAUCUCCCAAAUGCAAGAACCAGAUCAGAAUUUAGGCACGAGAACCAGUUCACCCCUGUCUUUCCCAAGGACCUGGCGCUGAGAGAUCCCAAACUCGAGCUGGCCUACAACCCGGACACCAGGACGUUUACAGUCGAGGCUACAGCGGGGGUUUCGCUGUACACCUGGCUCGACUAUCCAGCAGGCGUAGUGGGCUACUUCGAGCAGAAUGGAUUUGUCCUGCUCCCAGGAAUGAAGAAGGAGAUUGGGUUUGUGGUGCAGGAGGGAAGUGUUGAUGAAGACUGGAUGCGAAGUGUGACGGUGACGAGUCUCUGGGACCAGAAAGUGAGAGAGUAG